CAGAUCUCUCUGACAAAGACAUCGAGCUCGACCAGGAUGGGUAGUUCUACUUCGCAUUUGGAACCUUCCGAGCCAUUUACCCUGUCACUGGGUUCGCAGGGCUCAGUCACUGGUCUGAUCCUUGGCGAAAAUCACAACGUGCGACGAUUUGCAGGGAUUCCGUAUGCCAAGCCUCCUCUUGGGAAUUUGAGAUGGAGGAAACCUGUUCCAUUAAGUUUGGAUCAUAUUUAUGAAGGUGAGGUGACGGGAACGCCGUUGGAUUGUCGGGAAAUGAGGAAUGUCAGUCCGCAGCCAUCGUAUUUCCUGCAUGGACGAAAGCUCGGAGCAAUUCCUGACGACAAGUUCUCUGAGGACUGUCUGAUGGUCAACAUCUGGACACCCAACGAGGAGCCUCCAGAGGACUCAGGAGGAUGGCCGGUGUUCGCAUGGAUUCAUGGGGGAUGGCUUCAGAUUGGUUCGCCAUCUCACGCUAUACAAGAUGAUCCCACGGAGCUCAUCGAUAAAGAUGGCGGUAACUUGCAGGCUAUCGUGGUGUCUAUUGGAUAUCGACUGAACGUCUUUGGGUUCUUGUCUGGUCUUGAUGAGGUGAAGGGCAACUUCGGCUUUUGGGAUCAAAGGCUGGGCCUUGAAUGGAUUCGCGGCCAUAUCACACACUUUGGUGGUGAUCCGGAGAAUGUCACCUUGGGAGGCUUGAGUGCAGGUGCCUAUUCAGUACACGCUCAGCUCAAUUACGAGCUGCGGGAAGACAAGGACACCGAUCUUCUCUUUCAGCGAGUCAUUAUGUUCUCCAAUGCUAUCCCGACUCAACCGAAACCGUACCUCGAAGCAAAGGAUCAGUUCGGGGAGCUUUGCAACAUAGCUGGUAUAUCACGAGAUAACUCACCUGCUGACCAGCUUGACAAAUUACGUCAAGUACCAGCUAACGAACUCAUCAAGCUCAUCAGUCAGAUGAAGCAACACACCUUUCGUGCGGUCACAGAUGACGAGUUCAUCGCCUCAACUCUCGCCGAGGAGCAACAGAAUGGCACUUUUGCGGCUAGGUUUGCUAAGAAAGAAAUAAAGAUCAUGAUUGGUGAGGUUGAGAACGAGGAGAGUGUGUAUGCUGCCAUUAAUCCACCAAAGUCCUUUUCGGAUUUCUUGGCCGAACUCGCCAACUACUACGGCCCAGAGGUUGCUAAGAAGCUAACAACAGCGUACCCGCCACUCCCUGCGGAUGCUUCUCCUGAAGAUUGCAGUACCCGCUUUGGCAAGAUCGUCUCAGACGUUCAGGUUCGCAUCCCAAUCCGGAUGUUAGUGAACGACCUCGUAAACGGCGGCGUUGAUCGCACCAGCAUCCUCCGUUACCGCAUCAGUUUCCGCCCCUCGUCAUUUGACAAUGUGUUUCAUACCAACAUGGGGGUUGGGCAUGCUUUCGAUGCUGCUGUGUGGUGGUUUGGGAAGCGCCUCGGUUUAACGCCGUCAGAGGAGAAGGCCGUGAAGGCGUGGCUUGUGUUGCUUCAAAAGCUCAUACGCGGGGAACAAACGGACGAAUGGAGUUGCCCUACUGUCCGUGCUUAUCGGCAAUUGCAGUCUGAUGGUACUAUCGCUGUGAAGGAUGAUCAACAAUGGGGGGAGUUGUUGACACUCUCGGAAACUCUACGGUUUAGAGAUGAUGAAGUGGAUAUGGGAUAGAUUUCAGAGGGAGGAAUUAACGAAUUUCCCAUAUGAUAAUCCACUACGUUGAGCAGG